CGUUAUCUCCCCGCCAACCUCGGAGGCUUAUUACCGAGCCCCCCUUCCGCAGUGGAGCGCGACACAAGCGACCGACAUCGGUUAUGGAGUUAUGGAGGCCGCGGAGCGAAGUACCGAUAACUCGCAAAAUUGCAUCUCCGCGAUCUUCUCGUGCCUCGCACUCUCGAUCGUCUACGUGGCGAGUCUGUAUGUUUGGAGUUCGCCGCACAACAGAGAGCAUCCGUCAACGAUAAAGAAACGAUUUUUUAGCGUAUUUAUUAUGUCUCUCCUCUCACCAGCACCCUUAUAUUUUGGACUUAAUGAGAAAAUAUUUCAAAAGGCAACCAUUUGGGAGUUGUUGGGUCUACGAUGGUCAGGUUUGAUACAGGCGACUGUGAUACCAUUGCUCCUUACGAUGAUCUUGUUCCUAGGUCCCUUAAGCCUGCAGGGAUUCAAUGGGCUGUGGCGGUUAUACACUGAACCAAUGUAUUGGUUGGGAAGUGUGCGAACGUUGAUCUGGUGGAGAAAUCAGGUGGUCGCUCCAUUAUCCGAAGAAUGGACCUUCCGAGCCUGUAUGUUGCCGUUACUUCUGCAGUGCUUUACACCGACCACUGCCAUAUUUGUCUGUCCCUUGUUCUUCGGGGUAGCACAUUUUCAUCAUGUGGUGGAGCGGAUAAAGAUGGGAAUGGGGAUCAAGCACGCCUUGUUCAUAUCCUGUUUUCAAUCUGCAUAUACGACAUUAUUUGGAGCGUAUGCGGCUUUCCUCUUCGCGAAGACAGGACAUUUCGUUGCACCGUUCGCCGCGCAUUCUUUUUGCAAUCACAUGGGAUUUCCCGAUCUUUCCGAAGUCGUAGCGUACAAGGAUCCGUUGAAGAGAAUCGGACUGUUGUGUUUAUUUGUGAUCGGUUUGAUCGCUUGGUGCUUCCUGUUGACGCCGCUGACCCAUCCAUCAUUGUUCAAUAAUAAUUUAUUCUGGACUAAACACUUUAUAUGAGACACGUCCAGUCUCUAACGAUUACUAGGAUUUAACAAAUAUUAGGACUAAAUGUUUUUACGCAAGACGUAACCGCCAUAUACCGUCUGUACCAUUCAAUCUAACAGUUUCCAUUCUUGUGUGAUAUUUUGUAUUUGUGUCUCCUAAUGCAGUACAAUAUUUAUCCGUUGACGUCUGUCGUGUGAAUUCAAGUCUCACGGAGAGGAUAAAUGAUACGAAACUACUUUCAGCUACAUACUGGAUAACGAUAUACCUAUGAUUUAACCGAUCGUGCAGUUGGACAUUGUUACGAAAUGUAUCACCGUAGUGCCUGAGAUUUAAUUAAACUUUUAUAGCGGUAAUUACAAGUGUCACAAUAACUAGGUAAACUUGUUCGCAAAACCAAAGUGAGAUCUAAGUCUUGUAUUAUUUACGAUUUGCCGCAUACAUUCGUACGCUGCAACAUCGUAUUAUUGCACGAUCAUGAGGUAUUCGUUGUAUUUUAACGUUCAUCUAUCUUUUCAGGGGAAGUUUUGUAUAAACAAAAAUUGUAACAUAGACUACUAUAGUAUAAUUAAUGUAAUAUAACAUAUUAAGGAAGUUUCUAAAACGAUCUUUCUAAUCGUCUACUUUUAUAACAGUCUGUAUGUACAAUAUACUACGAUGUCUAUAUAUGUGCAACGGCAUUGAUAGAUACUCGAACGCUAAAGAAUGCCGUUAUACACAUAAUACCAAUGGUUUAUUUAAAUCACAGAAGUUUUGCGCAACAAUAUUACAAUACAUUUUAUAUAUGUACAUAUACAUCAGAAAACACGUAUACAUUAUAUAUGCAGUGAAUUCUAACAAAAGUACAAUAAGUACUUAUGUAUAUAAUGAAGAAAUUCGGUUUAUAAUAUCUCUUUGAAUUGCAUACGUAAUGUAUACCGAUUGUUAAUCGAAACAUAAGUUUGUAUCAUGACAAAAUCAACUUUUUAAAUAAUGUUCAGAACAUGAGAUGUUAUUAGCGAUAUCAUGUUGAAAUAAUAUUAAGUAUUUUACAGUCUAAGUAAAAAUGCAGAUUGCUAUAGAAAUCCAUAUAACAAUGUUCACACCGACUUAUAACAACUUUACAUAAGCGUCCAUCAAAAUGUCACAGUACUUGUUACAAUUACUUCAAUAUGUUACAUGAAAAAAAAAUUACGCAUUGUGUGUUUGACCAUUCAACUUUACAACAUUGAACAGAAUAUAUAACUCUAAACAAGACGUUUAACUUA